GAAACCAUGAUGAACUCUAAUAACACAACAACCGUCACUGAAUUUAUCAUUUUGGGAUUCCCGGGCCUCUUGCCACAGUAUUAUGGACUAAUGGCCACCUUUUUCUUCUUUAUCUACGUAAUGAUUGCCACAGGAAAUAUUUUCAUUAUCCUUUUUGUAGCCUGUGAAAGAAGCCUUCAGAAACCGACCUAUUUUAUCUUCUGUAACCAGGCAAUGUGUGACCUUGCAUUUGGAACAGUCACUCUCCCAAAAAUCAUUGCACGAUACUGGAGUGGAGACGUGAUCAUCUCAUUUAACUUGUGCUUUCUACAAAUGUUUUUUGUGCACUUCUUAGGGGCCUGCAGUUCAUUUUUCAUGGCAGUAAUGGCGCUGGAUCGAUUUGUUGCAAUAAACUAUCCUCUGAGGUAUCCUACAAUUAUUAAAAAUUCCACUGUGGCAAUACUUUGUGCCUCUUCGUGGAUAUUCAAUAUGCUGCAGAUGACAGGUAUUGUCUUACAAACUAUCAGAGCACCGUUCUGUGGUCCAAAUAUCAUAACCCGGUGCUACUGUGAUCAUGCCUCAAUCAUCAGUUUGACAUGUGGAAAUGUAUAUGAAGUAUUACUCCCCGGCCUAAUUAAUGCAAUGUUCAUACUUCUUUGCCCCUUAUCUUUCAUAAUAUUUUCAUACAUCUCAAUCAUUGUUUCAGUCAUGAAAAUCUCUAGUAGAGAGGGACGAUACAAAACCUUCUCGACAUGCACCCCACAGCUUUUGAUUACUUGCCUGUAUUAUAUGCCUAGAUGUUUUGUCUAUAUAACCAACUGCUUUCCACUUGAAUUCAGUAUAAAUGUUCGUAUUGCACUAAUUAUGUUGUACAGUUUAAUCCCUGCUCUCAUUAAUCCAAUGUUAUACUGCUUCCGCACAAAGGAAAUCAAAGAUGUAUUAACCAAGAGAAUUAAUAGCAGACGAGCUAGACUGGACAUAAAAGUUGCUUUAGUUUAA